CGGCCGUCCCCUCCCCCACUCCCACUGCGCCGGAGGGGAAUCCGUCACCGCGGCUGCUCAGGCCGCCGCGGUCGGUCGUAGCCAUGGACUCUUCGUGGGAGGAUCUGACGCUGGCCUUCUCCCGCACGUCCAUGUUCCCCUUUUUUGACAUCGCCCACUAUCUGGUGUCCGUGAUGGCGCUGAAGCACCGGCCGGGAGCAGUGGAAGGGGCAUGGAAGAAUCCUUUUUCAAGCUGGUUUUCUGCAAUGCUCCACUGCUUUGGUGGAGGAAUUUUAUCAUGUAUACUUCUUGCAGAGCCUCCACUGAGGUUUUUUGCAAAUCACACUAAUGUUUUACUGGCAUCUUCAAUCUGGUAUAUUAUAUUUUUUUGCCCUUGGGACCUUAUUUCCCAGGGCUAUUCAUUCUUACCUGUUCAACUUCUGGCUGCGGGAAUGAAGGAAGUGACCAGAACUUGGAAAAUAAUAGGUGGAAUCACACAUGCUAAUAGCUAUUACAAAAAUGGCUGGUUAGUCAUGAUAGCUAUUGGAUGGGCCCAAGGUGCAGGUGGUAUCAUUAUCACAAAUUUUGAACAGUUACUAAAAGGAGAUUGGAAACCAGAAGGUAAUGAAUGGCUGAAGAUGUCCUACCCUUCCAAGGUAACCCUGCUGGGGUCCCUUAUCUUCACAUUUCAGCACACCAAGCAUCUGACCAUAUCAAAGCAUAAUCUUAUGUUCCUUUAUACCAUCUUUCUUGUGACCACAAAGAUAACCAUGAUGAUUACAGAGACUUCUUCUGUGACUCUUGCUCCUUUUGAAGAUAUAUUGAGUCGGAUGCUCUUUGGUUGGCAGCACCAGUUUUCAUUGUGUGAAAAGAAAUGUGGAGCAAAAUCGUCUUCCAAUGGCACUGGUUCAUCAGUCUCAAAACCUAUAACCGAUGGUUCAGAUAAUGUUAAAAGGAAACAUUCUAAGAAGACUGAGUAAAUUUACUUGAGCUCUA